AUUCAUCAUUCAGAAAUUUUCUUUGUUGAAUUUGCAUCACUACUUGUCGUCGUUUCUAGUUGUCAAUGGCACGAACAAAACAAACAGCACGUAAGUCUACUGGAGGGAAAGCCCCUCGAAAGCAGUUGGCUACUAAGGCAGCGAGAAAAUCCGCUCCAGUUACAGGAGGAGUAAAGAAACCCCAUCGUUAUCGUCCCGGUACCGUUGCCUUGAGAGAAAUUCGUAAAUAUCAGAAGAGCACUGAACUUCUUAUUCGCAAAUUACCCUUUCAGAGGUUAGUUCGAGAGAUUGCCCAGGACUUUAAGACGGAUCUUCGCUUCCAAACUUCGGCUGUGACUGCCUUACAAGAAGCUUCAGAAGCAUACUUGGUUGGCUUGUUUGAAGAUACCAAUCUUUGCGCAAUUCAUGCCAAGCGUGUUACUAUUAUGCCCAAGGAUAUUCAGUUGGCAAGGAGAAUCCGAGGCGAGAGAGUGUAAAGUGUAGCUCUCUCAAAGGGCGUUUUUUAACGCCUUUUACCGGAAGGAACUUGUGUUUUGUGUCUUCAAAUACGUAUAGCUUUCACUUGUUUCUCUUUUUCACGUUUUCUUUGUGGCAGGAAUUGAUUGUUUUUUUGUUUUGGGAAUGAAUAUGCAUAUUAUAGUUCCAUUUGUAAAGGACUUUUUGUUUUAUUUUUCA